UCUUCCUUCAACAGUUCAAUUUUUUUUGUGCUAACAACUUAUUGAAAGACAUAUCAGCUCUCCUUGUUUGUGUUCCGAUUUCUUUUGUUUUCGUUUUGUUUAUUUAUUUUUUUUCUUCUGGAAAUUCAAGCAAUCCGGGCUUCUUUUGUUGUGAAUGCAGAAUUAGAAGAUUUUAAAUCAAAUGGGAAAACUCGAACGCAGGUCUGGAACUUCCAAUGACUUUUAUGCAUGAAUGAACUGACAUUAGUUUUGUAACUUUUGUUACAUGUAGCAGAUUUUUAUUUUUAUUUUUAAUUACCCUAUUGUUGGAUGCAGUGCAAUUGUUAGAAAACCAGUUAAGACUAUGAGACUUAUUGUAACUGCUAUUGCUGGACUUGUUUUUGGCUUCUUGAUAGGAUUAUCAUUUCCGACACUUCCCUUAACAAAGAAAGUGUCUUUAUACUCCCUCGUUUCCCUUUUGAUUUUGAUGCAGAUUUCGGUCCCAUUAAAUCCACGAGCCGAGGAAAGACUACCUCCAGGCAUUGUUGCAUCCGAGUCGGAUUUCUACACCCGCAGGUUGUGGGGUAAUCCCUCCGAGGACCUAACUAUCAGACCGAAGUAUCUUGCAACCUUUACUGUUAGUUAUGAUCAGAAACAUAAUGUUGAUGCAGCUGUCAAAAAGUUUUCAGAGAACUUUACAAUCCUUUUGUUCCAUUAUGAUGGACGAACAACUGAAUGGGACGAGUUUGAGUGGUCGAAGAGAGCCAUUCAUGUCAGUGUUCAAAAGCAAGCGAAAUGGUGGUAUGCAAAACGGUUUCUGCAUCCGGAUAUUGUGGCGCCAUAUGACUACAUCUUUAUAUGGGAUGAAGACUUGGGGGUUGAGAAUUUUAAUGCCGAAGAGUACAUAAAAGUUGUGAGGAAGCACGGGUUGGACAUUUCACAGCCUGGUUUGGAAGCUGACGAUUCGAUAGUGUGGAAGUUGACAGAGAGACAAGCUGAUCAAGAAGUUCACAAAGAAGCAAAAGAGAUACUACCAGGCUGGUGCACUGAUCCGCAUUUACCUCCGUGUGCAGCAUUUGUUGAGAUCAUGGCUCCCGUGUUUUCUCGUGAUGCGUGGCGCUGUUUCUGGCAUCUGAUUCAGAAUGACUUGGUCCAUGGAUGGGGUCUUGACUUCGUCGUUCGAAAAUGUGUCGAGCCUGAUUAUGAGAAAAUUGGAGUUGUAGAUGCUCAGUGGGUUGUUCAUCAAAACAUUCCUACACUCGGGAACCAGGGGGAAGAAGAGAAUGGACAAGAAUUCAGGGAAGGGGAGAGGCAGAGGAGUGACCUAGAGUGGGCAAUUUUUAUUCAUCGAUUGGAAAAUGCCGAAGAGGAAUAUUACAAGGCAAUGGGAAUAACUCUACCAAAUUCUACAGCUGAUUUGGGGACGAUUGAGAGCGGAAGCUGA